AUGAGUCAUAUCGCAAAGCCUCUUCCGGCGUUAUACACGGUCUACGUCCUUCGCUCAACCGUAAGACACGCGUCUCUGUACAUUGGCUCAACACCGAACCCGCCACGUCGUCUGAAGCAACACAAUGGCGAGUCUAAAGGUGGCGCGGCGCGCACAUCGCGUGAUAAUCUGCGCCCUUGGGAAAUGAUCGUCUUGGUUUCUGGGUUUCCUAGUAUGGUUGCGGCGCUCAAAUUCGAGUGGGCAUUGACAAAUCCCCAUCUUUCUUUACACAUCCCCGAUGAAACACGUGUGAGCAUUUCAACACAAAGAAAGAAGAAUGGCAUGCCAAGACGGCCACUGCACAGCUUGAAGUCGAUCACGUCGAACAUCCAUCUGCUUACGGGUGUGCCGAGUUUUGUGAGGUGGCCACUGAAUGUGCAUUUUCUUGCAAGGGAAGCCUAUACUGCGUGGGAGUCUAGGAUACAAGCCACGCAGGAACCUAGUCGAGACGGCCUUGAGAUUCUUACCGAUUUUGCUUCUUCGUCAUCUUCGGGGGGCAUUAACGCAUUGCCGGUGGAUUAUAGCCCGAUGGCGGAAUAUGUGGUCAAGGCGCACAAUGUGGUGAACUUUGAGCAAGAGGGCAACUGCGUUCACUGUGCAGAAGAGCUCGAGUCAGGAAAGGGCCUGCACGGCAUGUGUCCAAACGACAAAUGCGAAGCCAUGGGACAUCUGGACUGUUGGGGCAAGCAUGCACUCUCUGGAGAAAAUACCACCCACAUUAUACCUGAUCGAUGCUCAUGCCCGUCAUGUGGGGCGCCUGUCAGAUGGGGUGAUAUGGUGAAGGAACUGAGUUUGCGUGUGCGUGGAAACAAGGAUGUUCAGAAACUGGUCAAGGCGGCAGAGAAGGCGAAGAAGAUAGCUGCAAUAUAG